AUGGAAUUAUAACAGCAAACGAGUCUUUCCAAGAAAAGAUUGAACCUCAGAGAUCGCAAAUUCAAAAGCAUCGGCAAGUUAGGUACCAAUCAUAAUCAUUUUAUCUACUUAGAAAACCAAAAUGGGCACUUACUCGAGAAUGAUGAUCAAAGUCAAAGUGAUAAUGCAUCUCACGAUACAGACUUAAAUAAGGAGGGAAACACUCAGAUACAGCACUAAUAGCUGUAGAGACCUACGAGGAACAAGGCUCCACUAGAUUAUAAAAAGAUGUACAACUAUGAUAUAUACUCAGAUGAUGAAGACUUUGUGCCAAAAAAUCACAAGAGAGCGAAAAAGAGGGACAUUAAAAGUAAAUUAAAGAAUAAAAAGGGAAGAUUUUCUAACUAUGAAAAUAUUGGCGCCAAUUCAGGGACCAAGAAGAAUGAGAAUAGAAAGGUGCUAGAUGGUGUUAGUAUAUUUGACCUAAUUAUUCCUUGGAAAGAAAAUUAAGUUAAUCCUUAAAAUCAGAUUAAAGAACAACCUAAGAAAUCAACGCAAACUUCUCUCUCAUCUUUCCUCACUAAAAAUAAAGGCGAUACUGCCAACAAAUAAGAGCAUCUCAAUGGUAAUCAUCAAGGGGUUGAUAAGACAAAGAAUGGAUAGGUUGACCUUAUUGCAAAGGGGUUAGCUCAGGUCAUUCAUCCUAAAGAAGGGAUCGUAAAAACUAAUUUUGACAACUAUGCUAAAAACGUAGAAGCCAUUCUUAUAAACCCAUGCUGGGUAACCUAGAAAGACAAAAAAGGGAAGGUGAAGGGUGUCACUAUGGACGAGUUCUAAUAACUUAACUUCUCUAAGAACUUAAUGAUCGAUGGCCUUAUCUUUGUCUGGGUAGAGAAAGAGAUAAUAAGCCCGGUGAUUAAGUAUUUUGAGAGUUAAGGACUUAUAUAUGUUGAGAAUGUUUGCUGGGUUAUGUUGGACCAGACAAAAAAAGAAUAGGUUGAGGCUACUUAAAGCAUUGAUGUGUCCCCAGCUUACAUCAGAGACGACUACCAAUACAUCAGAAAAUCGCACAAAACUCUGCUUAUGUUCAGAAGACUUUAAAAGAAGAAUGGAAACCCCUUGGAGUUAAGACAUCAAAGGACCUGCGACGUUUGCUUCGAUUUUGUAGACACUAAUGUCCACAACUACAAACCAAAUGAGUACCUUUACAAACUAAUUGAAACACUUCUCCCCUAGUCCAUAGUUGAUGAAGAAAAAAAGCAUCUAAGGAUGAUUGAAUUAUGGGCCCAAGAUCCCAAGCCAAGAAAGGGCUGGAUAAAGUUUAUAGAAUAAUGA